AUGCCGGGGCGGGACAAAGUCUCUGACGUUUCAGCUCAACGCAACAUCAGACGUGCAGCCUCGUUCUACGGAGAUGGCUUUGUGCACUUGAAAACAGAGGAGUCAUCCAGCCGAACUUCUCUUCAUGUGCGCUUUCGGACCAACAGGCCCACUGGGCUGCUUUUCUUGGCUGCUGGGGAGACAGACUUCCUCUGGGUGGAGUUGCACUCUGGACUCAUUCAGGUGCGGAUGGACUUGGGAUCUGGGGAGGGCAUACUUCAAUCUGAGAUAGGAAUUCAGUUGAAUGACCUGGCGUGGCACUCCAUUGAACUUCAGCACGAGAGGCAUAAUGUCACUCUAACCGUGGACAAAUAUUCCUAUACCAGUCUUACAAUGCCAGGAUCUGAUGUAGAACUCAGUGUUCAAGAAGGGCUUUUUGUUGGUGGGAUUUGGGGUCUAGACAAACCCUACAUCUCCAGGGAGCAGAUUAACUUUGGCUUCCGUGGCUGCCUGGAUGAAGUGCUCUUCAAUCAACACAAUCUCCUCUCUUCCCUCAGACCCUACUCUGGUUACAAAAGUGUCAAUGAGGUUUCAUUGGGCUGCAGCCCUCAGUUCUCUGCAACUGUGGAAGAUCCCAUUAGCUUCUUCAGUUCCAAGGCUUAUAUGUCCCUGCCUCUGUGGGAAUCCUCUCAGGAUGGCAUGUUUGAGUUUAAAAUGCACACAUUAACUGAAGAGGGGAUCCUCCUAUACAGCUCUGCAGGCCAAGGGGACUAUGUUGCCAUGGAGCUACGGGAAGGUCGUCUGGUGGCUGUGGUUGGAAAAGAUGGGACCAAAACUACGUUACACUCCCUAGUGACAGUUAAUGAUGGUAGAUGGCACUCUGUAAAGCUCCAUUUGUUCCCAAGAAGCCUUCUGUUAACUGUAGGCCAGGAGAUCCUCAAUUCAAGCUUUGGGACCCGAUCUAGGGCCCUCAAGCUCAAUGGGCCUCUCUUUCUGGGUGGUGUUGAUGUCAUCACACGCACAGAAGCCCAGAAGAAUGGGCUACUCUCUGCAGUCGGAAAACGCAUUGGUGGUGGAUCCUUCAAAGGCUGUUUGAGGAAUAUCAGACUCAAUGAUCAAAGGAAAGGUUUGCCUAAUGCCUUGGUCACAAAAGAUAUAUCAGUGGGUUGUGAGCCAGAGAGAGACUCUGAACCCACCACCAUAAUGACUCCAACAGCUCCUCCCUCAUAUACCCCAGAUUCGGAUGAUCAGCUGUCUGGACAGGACAGGAAGAGGUUCCAGAACUUCUUACUGCUCAGAGAUUUAGUUGUCCCUGAAGGAGGAAGGGCACCCCUGGGGUCCACACACAUUACGUUGAACCUGGAUUUCCGGAAACUCGGGAUUCGUCAGUCUCAGAUCAUGUUUCGCAUUGAGGAACAGCCAGUCCAUGGACAGCUUAGGUUGGAUGUUGAUGCAGACCAGGAGAACACUUUCGGUGUGCUGGACCUUUGGCAUGGCAGGGUCAUGUAUGUUCAUGGAGGAUCAGAGGACCCUCUUGAUUUCUUCAUGUUCUCCAUCUUCACCAGUAGCAAGAAGGAAGUACCUGCCUACCUGAAGGGGAAUCGGCUACACAGGUUCAAUAUUAGCAUCACACCCAUCAAUGAUGCUCCGGAGAUCAGUCUCCCAGAGGGUAGUCUCUUUGUUGUGCCAGAGAAUUCCAAGCGGCGCCUCAACACAGACAUGUUGAGGGUCACUGACCCUGACAGUAAUUCCUCAGACCUAGUGUUUUCUGUGUUGGCCAACCUGAAUGCUGACUCAGGGUUUCUGGAAACUGAAGACCGCCCUGGUCAGCCUGUGAUAUCAUUCUCCUACCAUGACCUUGAACAGGGGAAAGUAAGCUAUGUUCACACGGGAAUCAGGAACUCCAGGAUGGCUAUUAGGGUGAGUGAUGGGGACAAGGUGAGCAACACAGUGGUAUUUAGGAUAAUGGCUGUUCCAUUGGAUUACAAUGUUGUUAACAAUACUGGUGUGGAUGUAAUUCAAGGUGGAGCUGCAGUCAUUGGAAACAAGCAUCUGGCUGUUCAGGUGAAUGUUGUUAAACAAGCAGUGGACAUUCGCUAUGAUGUCACACAUCCGCCUACAUAUGGUGAGCUACAACGGCUGCAUUCCAGUGGAGAAUGGAAGCAAACCAGCACAUUUACACAGAAGCUUCUGGAAAAGGAGCGUCUCAGAUACCUUAGCACAUACCAGGGAACAGAUUUAAGCAAUGUUACAGACAGUUUUAAAUGCCGGAUCACCAUCGGCUCAGUUGCAACCGAUGAGCUUCUUUUUCCAGUCAGAGUGCGGUGGAUUCUCUACAAAGUCACUAGAAAUAAAAUGGAAGUCUUUGGAGACCACAAAGUUACAUUAACUCCCCAGGAAUUGCGUGUUGUCAUGAAGGGUGUGAGACUCUCCGAGAGUGACGUAUACUUCCGUAUACUGAAAUUGCCUAAGAAAGGAAACUUGUUGCUCAACAAUAAGAUCCUAAAGGAAAAUUCUACAUUCAGCCAAAAGAAUGUCACAGAUCUCAAAGUCCAAUAUGAGCUUGUAAAUACUCCACAAGACAGCACAAGAGACACAUUUAGUUUCCAGGUGUUCUCUAAAUAUGCCUGUUCAGGGAGCCAUGAUUUCAGAAUCAGCAUCAAAACAGAUCUACAUAAUAUAAUCUUAACAAGUCAUGGACUAUCUCUGAUGGAGGGGGAGAGCAAGGUCAUCACAAAAGCCAUGCUAUUUGCAGAGACACAGAGUUCCACAGCAGCACUCUACACAAUUAUUAGCAGUCCCAAACAUGGAAAGAUCAUGAGGAUAAACUUAUCCAAUUCAACUACCAACAAUGACAACAUAAUGACAUUCACUAAUCAGGACAUUACAGAGGAGCGCAUCUUGUAUGUCCAUGAUGACAGUGAAACUACACAGGAUUCAUUCAGAUUCCUUGCAUCUGUCUCAUCAGUGAAAGAUAAGAUGUUAUCCUUAGAAGGAAGCUUCAACAUCUCCAUACAGUUAGUAAAUGAUGAGAAACCUGUUCGUGUUGUUGACAAAGUUUUCCAUGUAGUUCGUAAUGGGCAGAGACUGUUAACACUUGAAGACCUGUGUUACCAUGAUGCUGACUCAGACUUUGAUGAUGCUCAGCUGCUUUAUACUCGGCGCGGAAUUCCCAUGGGUGAACUAGUACUGGUCAAUGACACCUCUCAGAAGCUCUAUCAGUUUCGUCAAAGGGACAUGGCGGAGAAGAGGGUGCUCUUCACCCACAAAGGGGUCAGCUUUGGUCGUUUUGUCCUGUUUGUAUCAGAUGGGAAACAUUACACAUCCACUCUCUUGGAGGUCAGUGCUCAGGACCCUUAUAUCAGGGUGGACAACAACACUGGACUGCAUGUUCAGAAAGGCUUUGAAGCUGUGAUAGCAUCAACCAAUUUAAGCGUCAUCACCAACAUGGAUGUCCGAAAUGAUGAGGAGGUGGUCUUUGAGCUCUUCAUCAGCCCUAUGUAUGGGGGUCUUUAUCACAAAGGAGUGAUGAUUGAUUCUUUUACACAGCAUGACCUGAAGACUGGGCAAGUGGUGUACCGUCAUGAUGACAGCAAGAAUCUGGCAGAUUCCUUUAACUUAACUGUGAAAGUUAAGGAGGUGCAUCUAGACAUAAGUGUAGCUGUGAGCGUUUAUCUGGAAGACCACCAGCGUCCUCCCAGAAUUAUUCGCAACAACCUAAUCCUGGUUGAAGAGGGCAAACCUGUUAAGAUCCAUAAAAAAGACCUCAAGGUUAUGCAUCAGAAUAACACACCCUCUGAGAUUGUAUAUUCGGUGAAGGUGGGCCCCACUCAUGGUUACCUGCGGCAUUCUAUGGACGAGGAGGAGCACUACCAGGGCACUCCUGAGAAACCUGUCCAGAGCUUUUCACAGGCAGAGAUCAAUGCUGGACACAUCCAGUAUGUGCAAGUGGCUCCUGGAUGUACCAAUGACUCUUUCAUAGUGGACAUCACGAACAGGAUAACAGAGAUCAAGGAUGUCAUGGUUGCUGUGGAUAUUAUUCCUCUACGUAUUCCAAUAGAGGUUUCCAACCUGACUUUGAAGGAGGGAUCCUCUAUGGCUUUAAACAAGGACAUCAUCAAGGUCACUAGCCAUCACUUUUCAGGAUUUGACUUCUUAUACCACUUAACAGAAGCACCACUUCAUGGCCACAUUGAGCACUCCCGAAUCCCUGGUGUUCCAAUUCCAUCUUUCACUAGGAUGCAGGCUGAGCAAGACUUUAUAUACUAUGUCCAUGAUGGCAGCGAAACCACAGCUGAUAACUUCACCCUGAUUGCCAAUGACACAGAUCUGGGGAAACACAGUUUGCCCUAUGUGUUGUUUAUCAACAUAACACCUGUUAACGAUGAGGCCCCAGUCAUCACCGUUAAUAGGAUCCUCAGGGUAUGGGUUGGUUCCGUCACAGAAAUCACCACAGAGGAGCUUAAUGCUGAGGAUCCAGACACCCUGCCAGAAAGCAUAGAGUUCAUUGUCACUCCACCCAGCAAUGGUCACUUGGCUCUGAAAAGUGCUCCCUCCAGACCUGUCCUGAAUUUUACUCAAGCACACAUCCUACAGGGCCAACUGGUAUUUGUGCAUACUGGUGCCAUGUCAGGUGGAUUUCACUUCCAGGUCAAUGAUGGUGUAAACUUUGCUGCAAGGCAAACCUUUAGCAUCAUAGCCCAAGCUCUGGUGCUCAGUCUGGAGAAGAACCGUGAGCUGAGGGUGUACCCAGGUUCUUCACAGGUUCUCUCUGAUGAGGAGCUGCUUGUGGUCAGCAAUGAUUAUAAUGACAUCACAGGGAACCGCACAAUCAUCUACACCAUCACAUCUCCACCAAAGUUGGGCAGAUUGGUUUGGAGAAAAGAUGACAACUCUUCAGAGGAGAUAUUCACCUUCACUCAAAACAUGGUGGAUGAAGGUGUGGUCAUAUACGAACAAAGCCAUACAGACUCCAUUGGAUGGACAGCAAUUGACUCCUUUACCUUCACUGUCUCAUCUCCACCUACCUCCCUCCCAGCUCAUACAUUUAAUAUCCACAUCUCCUAUGAGAACACUGGCCCAGAGCACAGAACUGCCCUUCUCUUAAACACCGGUGCUGUUGUGACUGAAGGUGGCAGAGUAAAAAUUGGCAAGUCACACCUGGAUGCCACUAACUUGUUAAGAAAGGUGGCUGACUCGCAGAAAAACUCUUAUGAGAUCUGGUAUGGAGUCACUUCCCUUCCCCACCAUGGUAUCAUUCUUGUGGGUGAGCAAAACUUGACUCAGGAGAAACCCAACUUUUCCCAGUCCUUUCUGGACAAGUAUGGGAUCACAUAUGUGCAUGAUGACUCUGAGACCAAGUCUGAUCAUUUCACCAUUGAUGUUUGGUUGAACCCCAGAGGCAAGCCAGCUCAGUGGCCUAUGGACUCAAGUGAAGUGGUAACCGAGUCUUUUAGCAUUACGGUCACACCAGUGAAUGAUCAACCUCCUAAGCUCAAGACCAGAACACCAAGUCUAAGGGUAGUCCAAGGAGACAUCGUCACUCUGAGCCCUAAGAACCUUCAUGUAGAAGACCAGGACACCCCACCGGAGGAGAUACUCUACACUGUGAUCAGUAAACCAAACAAUGGUUUCUUGGCCCUGGAGGGCCGGCUUAAUGAGUCUACUCAGAACUUCACCCAGGCUGAUGUUGACAAUGGGAAGUUGUACUUUGUCCAGGAAGGGCAAGUCUCUACAGGAGUGUUCUAUUUAAGUGUGACAGAUGGAGCCCAUCGUCCUCUCUAUAAGCUCCUCAACGUGGAGGUAAUGGAACCCACCAUUACUAUCGCCAAUAACACUGGCCUUACUCUUCUGCAAGGUCAGACUACAACAACUCUGAUACUGGAGCACUUGGCAGCAGUCACCAACGAGAGAAAUACCACCAUCAGGUAUCAAGUAACAGUGCCACCAAGUCAUGGCAUGUUGAUGAUUGAAGGUCAGCAGGUUACACAGUUUGACCAGGAAGACCUUAGGUUAGGUAAAGUGUCCUAUCAUAUGACUGAACUCACCUCCCCUAAUGAUAGCUUUAAGUUUACUGCGUUUACCUCUAAGAGCAACCUUACUACUCAGGUUGUCAACAUUACAGUCAGGCCACUGAUCCACCUGAGGAGGUAUGUCAGAAUCCCAGAAGGAAUAGCUGUGAAACUGAGAAAGGAUGUUCUCAAUGCAACAAAGCUGGCUUCUGUAACUGAAAGUGACCCCAUCUUUGAGAUCAUUGUUCCUCCAAAACAUGGCAGAUUAGUUAAUGUCACAUUUGGCCUUCGUGGGACAUCACAGUCUGUGAAGACCUUCUCCUUCCGUGACAUAGAGGAGGGUAGAGUAGCUAUUGUAGAGAAUAUAAAUGUGACAGCCAUACAUGGCAACACAAUCACAACAAGACAAAACAUAACUGUACCCCACGUGCUUAACGAUUCCUUUGUCUUCCUCUUGAAAGCAGAAAAUGUUCAACCUGCCAUAGGUGAGUUUGUGUUCAUAGUUAUGCCAUAUGACCCUGUGACAGGGAAGCACAUCAUUAUCGAGGGCCCAAUGCAAACAACCAGGUCACCAGCAUUCAACAGAACUACUAAUGCUAUCUCGCCAUUACAUACUCAGUCACACACAAAUACCAUGAAGCCACCAAAGACCCAUACAAAAUUCAGAACCAGGAACCGCUGGGGGAAUCACACGCGGGGUAGAUCUAUGAUCCCAACUGUGCCUCGGACGACCUCAACAGGCAAAGAGGAUAUGCACCCUGGUAAAAACACUCCUGUUAGGAUGGAGUCUCUCCCAAGGCCCGCAUCUGACCCAUUAUUAAUAAUUCUGCCACUCCUUGCCUGCCUAGCACUUAUUAUCAUUUUGGUGGUUUUGAUCCUGGUCUUUAGGCACCGCAGGGAGAAGAGGGCCCAACCUACUAUGAUCCACAAUCUGUCUGAAAGCCAUGGGGAAGACUUGGUGUCUAGGGGUGCCUACCUAGGUCAGCCUGAGAGAAGCCUCACUGUUCCGUCUGUUAUUGUAACCCCUUUAACCCCCAGUUGCCCUGGUAGCCCUGUUUUAGAGGUGGCACAUGGUCCAACCCUGAUGCGAGCUAUCACACCUCCUGACUCUCCACUGCUCCUCUGCCCCUGGAAACCUGUUGACCCAGAAACAGUUCGACAAUGCCAGUCAGCUACCCCACCUCUCAGACAAAAUCAAUACUGGGUUUAA